GCCUGACUGAAAAGUGUGUAAGAAUCAACUCGGUGUCCAGCGGUCUGGCCGAAGAAGACCUGGGGAUCCUCCUGCGAUCCCGGGUUCUUCCUUCCAGCCUGAUGCUGCCGAAGGUUGAAGGUCCUGAAGACAUCCAGUGGUUUUCAGACAAAUUUUCAUUCUACUUAAAAGGCCGAAAACUUGAACAACCUAUGAAUUUAAUCCCUUUUGUGGAAACUGCAAUGGGUUUGCUCAAUUUUAAGGCCGUGUGUGAAGAAGCACUAAAGACUGGACCUCAAGUGGGUCUUUUUCUAGAUGCAGUUGUUUUUGGAGGAGAAGACUUUCGUGCCAGCAUAGGUGCAACAAGUGGUAAAGAAGCCCAAGAUAUUCUGUACGCCCGACAAAAGAUUAUCGUCAUAGCGAAAGCCUUUGGUCUACAGGCCAUAGAUCUGGUGUACAUCGACUUUCAAGACAGAGAGGGGCUCCUGAGGCAGUCCAGGGAAGGAGCCGCAAUGGGAUUUACCGGUAAGCAGGUGAUACACCCUAACCAGAUUGCCCUGGUGCAGGAGCAGUUUUCUCCUUCCGCUGAAAAAAUUAAGUGGGCUGAAGAACUGAUCGCUGCCUUUAAAGAACAUCAACAAUUAGGAAAGGGAGCCUUUACUUUCCAAGGGAGUAUGAUCGACAUGCCAUUACUGAAGCAAGCCCAGAACAUUGUUACGCUUGCCACAUCCAUCAAGGAAAAAUGAUCUGUUAAAUGAAGCUCUCAUCAGCAUGUGCUCUUAUAUUGAAGGCUAAAGGGUAUUGAAGCUGGGAAGGAUCAACUUGUGUUUGCCAGAGGACGCCAAUGAAAUUUGAAACACCAACAAUCAGAGAUUUUGUUUCUGCUCCUCAUUAAAUCAUGAGCUUUUGUGUUGA